AUGUCUGUCGAUAUAGAGUACUGUGAUAAAUGCGUUACCAAAGAGGAGAUAUUGAAGAAGAGCGAAGAGCUGAAAUUGUGGUACGACAACCAAGCCAACGAAAAAUGGACUCCAAUGAGUUAUAACAACCCAGAAAUCACUUUGACUGAACUUCCGCAAGUCGACUAUAAGAACUUUAUAAUGAGCAGAUGCACUUUCAAAGCUGAUGCCGCUAAAGUUUUUGAGUUUUUAAAGACAAGCACUUUUGAGCAACAGAAGGUAUAUGACACCGAUCUUCUUGCUUUUGAGAAGUCCGAAGUCUUCCCAGAAGAUGGUUGUGAAGUGAGUCGUGUUUGUUACAAAGCUCCAUGGCCCGUCACUUCUCGUGAAUUUGUUUCCGUUCAAAACUAUUUUGAGAAAGAUGGGGCGUAUUACUUCCUUCAAGAGUCCAUCAACUAUCCAACCAAGUGGAAUGAAGCCAACAAGAAUUUUGUGAGGGGAUAUAAAAAGAGUGGGUUGAAGAUGUUACCCAAAGGUGACCAUGUAGAUGUUUGGAGGAUUGUAGUUUUAGAUCCACGUGGAAGUAUUCCUGGGUGGGUUGUUUCGGUGGCCAAAAAAGAUGAUGCGGGCAGACUUUUUGCGAUGAAAACUUAUUUUGAAAAGACAUUCCCCCAGUAA